AUGCAGUCAUAUGCAAUGCCCCCCUGCCAUCUGGUUCAGCACUCGUCGACGCAUCUCGCCAUCCGACCGUGGAAGUGUUCAGUUUGCGCUUGUACUAUGACUCAGAAAAGCAGCCUGCAAAGGCAUCUGAACGCGCAACAUCAAGGAAACGGCCGGGUUCUUGAUAAUCGCACUGCUGAAUACUACGAUGCGCUCAAAGCAAAAGCCCAAGCCAACUUUCCUGGCCGCGCAAAGGCUAUCGCUAAAUCCAUUGGAGGACAAAAGGAGGCAUUGGGAUUUCAAGAUGCGUCCGAUCAUGAAGAUGACAAUCAGCAAGACGGUCGAAAAAUCUCCGUCUGCAAGGAAUGCAAAAAUUCGAUUGUCUCAACUAAGACUUUGCAUCUCGCCCUGCACUCGUCGACACACCUCACCUUCCGACCCUGGAAGUGUUCUGUUUGCGCCUGUACGAUGAAUCGGAAAGACAAUCUGCAACAGCAUCUGAACGAGCAACAUCAGCGAAACGGCCGGAUCAUCGAUAAUCGCACCGCUCAAUACUACGAUGCCCUCAAAGCAAAGGCCCAAGCCAACUUUCCUGGCCGCGCAAGGGCUAUCGCCAAGCUAAUUGGAGGCCAAAAGUACGGAUUGGCAAUUCAGCGCGUAUCUGAUGACGAGGAUGCCACCGCAGAAGACGACCCACCAAUUGUUCAUCUCCCAACUUCUGGCGGCCGAAGUCUCGACAUUCGGCGAAACGUGCAGAAGAGUCCGGAAGCUGCAUCGUCAAAUGCUGGUACGAUCAAGCAAGAAGUGGUGCCAGACGCUGUUCCACCACGAUCCAAAGAAAAAUCGUCUCACCGAACGAUGGCCGAUACUCACCGCGAAGUUAAACAAGAGCCACUGGAUGUCGAAAAUUCUUCAUUUGAUUUUCAUGUCGUAAUCGAGGGAAGUGAGGCGGAUGCUCAUGCUGAUGCUCAUGCUCCAACCCGCCACCACAACGAGCAAAAUGUCCGGAAUGGUGACAAAGACCAAUCAUCCUCGCCUACCCUUCAUCCAAUCGUUGUCAAGGAAGAACUUCUAGAUGGAAAUCCAACCGAAGAGCCGAGACGAAUCGAUAAGAAGAAGAAGAAGAAGGUGAAAAGAGGCCAGGAGGACUGGGCAGCCGAGCCCGUGCCCCAAAUCGACACUGACCACAGCAUCGACAAGCGCUUCGAAGAAACCAUUAUGACAACGAAGCUGGGAGGAGCCAAGAUCUGCUCGGACAUGGCCAGAAUGCGCGCUGCAAUGAGGGAGACAAAAUCUGACGUGGCUCGGCUGCAAACCAACAUGGCACUCCUGGAAACCCUCUCGGAAACGCGGAAUGCCGAAAAUCGCCGUCUGAAGCAGCAGAACGACCAGCAAGCCGCCCAGCUGAAGAUGCUGAUGGAAGAAAUUGCUGCGCUGAGGGAGCGAAUCCGCAAUGGC